GACGCGAUAGAAAAGCUACCAAAGAGGUGAAGAAUUUUUCGUAUAUAUUUCGUCGUCGGUUGAGGCGAAAUUUUAAUGUGUAUAUGUUUGGAAAAAAAUGGCUUUUCUAAGGGGUACACUCGCUAGUUUAUUAAUCCUAAGCUUUAGCUUUGUAGCCAACAUCGAAGGCAGAGUAAACCUUCCAACUGAAACAAUCAACGCCGAUGAUCCUAAGAUUUUCACAAAGGUAUACGAAAAUUCCAUCGACAUGCUGGAAAAUGACGUGGCUCGAAACGCGAUCGUGAAAUUCCUCAACGAUGUUAAAGAAAUCAUGGAUAAUAAAACCGCCUACGAAAUUUUGACCGGUAUAUCAGCCACCGCCAAGGUGAUAUUUUCCCACGAAACUGGCCACCAGACUGUGAAAGCCCUUUCUAACGGAGUCACCGAUAUCUUAGUCGAUGGCAAUACCUCAAAAUCAAUUCAAGCCGGAGUUAACGGUAUCGAGAGUGUGUUAAGUUUAGAAAAUACUUUGAAAUUGGCCGAACUCGAGCAUGCAGCUUUUAAAGAAUUAGUCGUAUUACCCCAGACGCCUCAAGCUAUCAGUAUGGUUGGUAGUGGUUUGAAGAGGCUCAUAGAUCAGAAAGGUAUCAACACCGCUAUAAAGAACGCGUAUAAAAAUCUCGUUGGAAUGGUGAAGAAAAUGUAAUCGAUAAGAUUAACAUUUAAUUCGCGGUAUGAAUCAUGCAUCUAUGUUUCGUAUCAAUUUCAUAUUCAAAUUUAAUGUAUCAGGAUAACUCAUAAGUACCAUUCAUUCAAUAUAAAUAAUUAUACCUGAAA